AUGAACAGUCAUCAGGACGCAGAGUUAUUGAAACAAGAGCCUCAUCAUGACAAGAGCAUCGGAAAUGAUGAAAUUGAAGAUGAGGAGAUGAUGGAAAUUAUUCAACAAACUAAUUCUUUGUGGAGCGAUAUCAGCUCUGAAUCGAACAAUGUAUCUUCUACAAUUGAUGAUGAAACAAACUAUUCCGAAGAAGGCAUGGAAGAAGGCUGUGCAUGUGGAUCUAACGUAUCUAAUGAAUUACUAAAAUUUUCUCACGGAAUUUUGAAAAUGCACAAAACCUUUUCUGAUCAUGAUGAAAAGAAGGAAGCGGAAAUCAAUGAAUUCUUUAAUCAGACAAAAUUUAUUACUGAUUCAUGCAUCACAAAAAUCGCAAAACAUAUAAGAUUGUUGGGAUAUGACUGUAUUAGUGACUCCUCGUAUUCUCCUAACUAUAUAAUUUUCACAGCUAAACAAGAAAACAGAAUCAUCAUCACUUGCUCUCCAACCCUCGUUACCAAAAUUAAGAAAGAAAACAAGAUGAUCAAUGUAAAAUUACCAAACGAUUAUUAUGACAGCAGCGAAGAGGAAGAAAGCUCAAAACCAAAUUCUAAUGCUAGUCCAAUUCGAUAUUUAUAUGUAAACCCCAAAAAUUCAGAGUUUCAUGAGGCCAUUACUGAAAUUGUGAAUAAUUUCAAGCUUGUGUACCAUCCAGCAAAGAUUUUCACAAGAUGCCUCAAAUGCAACGAUCCAGUGGAGUGUAUCAUCCCUCAAACAGAAGAUCAAGUGAAUACCCUCAUCACUAUUAUGGGGGGCCAACAUAUUUACAAACUGUAUGGCCACACUGUUACCAGAUGUCCUUGUUGCACUCGACUAUUUUGGGAGGGACAUUAUUUCAAGCGAUGUGAAACGUUUGCCAAGAAAUACUCGUAUAAACCUUCAAAUAAUGAAGCCAAUUCAAUCACUGAACACACCUCUCAGCAGUCAGUAGACUCGAAUUGCAAUAAAUCGAAUUGA